AUGAAACCACCACACAACCGCCUUUCAUCUUCUGCAAUUUAUAUUCAAGAAUAUAACUUGGAUCUUGCUUUCAGCGACAUGGCUAAUGUUACAAAAGAAAACUUGAAGGGUCUUAGUGACACUGGAAUAAAUCUGUUAAAAGAAAAAGUUGUGAGGAUGAAUUUGGAUACUUUUAAUUUUGAAGACGCAGGGGAAGGAACAAAUGCUGAGGCUCUUGACAGGUUGGCUGAGAUUUUGUAUGAAGAAAGACAGGAUCGUCUGAAACGAAAAUCUACUGAAAGAGGAGGAAGACCAUUUGUUGAAGCUCUUGGGAAUAAGGUUGAAGCAAGUGAGUUCUAUGCAGCUCUUAUAGCUUGGAAGAACCAUGAAUAA